AUGGCUGCGAAUCCAACUUUCUUCAUCAGUCAGACCAAGGAUGGCGACCAUGUGGACACCUGUAGAUACGGCGACGUGUACAUGACAGCUGCGAAUAACAGCAUGAACGGUGGGCUGUGCGCUUAUGAGGCGGAUAGGCAGUUAAUCUAUGCGUGCCCAGCUCCUGAUUCCAUCUGCUGGGCAUUGGCCCCAGACUGCACUGGUGGAAACUCAGUUACUCCCGGCACCGGCCAGAUACGAUGUGGACAACCAGAGACUGCGGUCUGGUGUUGCGACGAGGCGCAGGACUGCACUCAAGCUCCCAGACAGAUCAACGUGUGCUGGGGCAAGUUCGAGAACCCGAACAAGGGUCUCUCUCCGGAGGCAGCAAACCAACUGCAGUCAUCAUCACUAGCCGCUAUUGAAAGCGCUGCGCUCUCGUCGAGACUCACGGCCAUGACCGCCGGUAUCUCUGCGACGACAACUCUCAGUACUAUCACGACUGGCGGAGGCUCAGCAGGCUUGACCGCCUCUGCAGCCGCCACGGCCGGACCGUCCGCCCAACCUUCCGAGAACACCGACUCAACGAGGCCUUCCGUUGGCGCGAUAGCCGGGAUAGCCGUUGGCUCCGUUAUAGCCGGUGUCCUGAUCGGUAUCGGACUAUUCUAUACCUGGCAAAGGAAGAAGAAAACCAAGCAGAUGGCAUACGAAAAGGAUCAGGGACACGGCGGUCCCUAUGGUGAGAUGCCUGCGUCUAUGGCUCGGUAUGAGGUACUCGCGCAGUCGAAAGCGCCGCCGCUGUAUGGUUCAGAGGCUGUGCAUGAGAUGCCUCAUCAGAGCAAGCCUGUAGAGAUGCCGGUGGCUGACGACGAAGUGGAUGACAGGAGGUGA